UGUUUGUGGUUCUGACUAAUAAUAAAAUGGAAAAUAUUAAAAAAUACGAUUCCCAGAGUGAUUCUUAAGUAUACUUCAGUUUUAUUAACAACAACAAUGGGUGACGAUAAGAAGAAAGUGAAAAUCUGCCGUGUAUGUUUGGGUACAAACGUGAAAAAGUGCAUGUCUCUAUUCGAAGUAUACAAAGAUUGUCUUAUUUACGACUAUAUCAAUACGAUAGCCAACGUUAAAAUUCAGAAAGACGAUGGUUUCCCGGACAAAAUAUGCUUAGACUGCCUUUUGGAGCUGGAAACGGCGAUACAUUUCAAGCAGAAAUGCGAGAAUUCCAAUAUAAUUCUGCAGUCAACUCAGCUAGAGGAGCUCCCCGUCGUAUCUAUCAACAACGCCGUAGUUGAGGCCGUUAUUAAGAAAGAAGAACCGUUAGAAGAGCCUUACGAGUAUUUCGAAGAGGAUGUGCAUUUUUUGGACUCUGCUGAUCUGCUCUCUGAAGUGGACACGAAACUGGAGGAUGAUGAAAACAAAGUAGUCAAAAAGAGCAAGGCUAUCGAUUUGAAAUUAGAGUGUCAUGACUGCGGAAACUUGUUUAAAAGCAAAUGUAAAUUACGUGUGCACUGGAAGAAGGUCCAUCUGCCGGAAGCUUUAGUAUGUUCCAUUUGUAAAAGAAUGCUCAAGUCUUUUAAAGCAUUCAACAGGCACCUGGAGUCAAACAGUUGUAAAACUGCCGCAAACGUUAGGAUAGAAGGUAUGGGAAAGAACAGAAUAUUUCAUUGUAAAGAAUGUAACUAUAACUCUAAAAGAAUUAAAGAUAUGCAGUCACAUCUAGUUGUGCAUACUGGUGACCGACCGUAUCAUUGUGACAAGUGCCCUGCAAAAUUUACGCAACAGAGCUCCCUACAGAGCCAUCAGGAAGGCUCGCACAAGCUCUACAAAGUUGAAAUAACCUGCCAGUUCUGUGGCAAGUUUGUCCGAGGCCGCACAAAUGUAUACCGUCACUUAAAAACCCACACAGAUAACCAGCAUCAAUGUAAAGUGUGUAGUAAGAUACUACAGUCUAAGAAAAGUCUUACGACACACAUGAAGAGGCACAGCGGAAUCAAACAAUACACAUGCGAAGUUUGUGCCAAGUCAUUCUACACGGGCGCCGAACUCUGUAAUCACAGAAGAAUGAUCCAUAUGAAGGGCAAGUACUGGUAUUUCUGCAAUGUCUGUGAAUACAAAUCUAUAAGGUCUGAAAAAGUGAAAAAGCAUAAAGCAAAACACACGGCAACUAAUAUCCCAUGUAUUGUGUGUGGCAUGUUCUUUGAACUACCGGAAAAGCUUAUUCAGCAUCAAAGGAAACACUUUGGAGAAAGGAAAUUCCCAUGUCCAUUAUGUGACAAGCGGUUCUUCAGGAAAGACACUGUCGGCAAGCACAUACGAGCAAAACACAAAUGUGAGAUGCCGAGUCUUUUGGUGGAGAAGAGAGUCGUGGUCAAAAAAGAGGCGCCCUUGGCCCCUGCAGAUGACUUAAUAGAGAUUGAACUGUCACCGGUCAUAGAAAUAAAAUAGAUUAAGUAAUUUAUUUAAUUGAAUUCAAUGGUAGUGUAAUCAUAAAGUUUGAAUGUUGUUCAUGAAUCAUGAUUGUAGAAAGUUCUCACAAUGCUGAAUGCAUUUGAAUACUGAUGUGCUGACGGAAAGUUUCCAAAAUUCUGAAAUGUUCACAUAGGAAAACUUCGGAAACUUUCCAUACUUUGUAUGGACAAUUGUAUGGAUGGAAACUUUCCAUUUCAUACAUUUUAAUUCUCUUUAUUUUUCGUGAAGUUUCAUGAAUUUUUCAAGAAAUUUAAGAGUUUUUUGGAAAGUUUCUGCAACUUACACAUCACUACAUUUGAAUCAAAUUGUUAGGCACUAUUGGCUAUUCAGCACGAAAAAGUUAUUUCUUUGCUUAAGUUACAUAAAACUAUAUUUAUUUUAUUACAACAUGUGCAAUGCGAAUUUUGUGCCCAAUGUGAGCGAAUCAUGAUUGAUUUAAUAGAGAGUUUAACCUGAUAUUGUCUAUUUGUCAUACAAUUCUGGCUCAACAAAUGAGGAGUGUCUUUUCAAAAGGGCUUAUUUCCACUUUGUACUUUUUUUGUGAAAUCAAGAAAAACAUAAUUCAACGGUAUUGAUUUUGAAAUUAAUAUUUAAUUUGCAAAAUUGU